UUUUCUGCAAACUCCGGCCGCCACGAGACGGUCAUAUAGUGUUUGUAAACAAAAGAAAGAUCGCUAAUGGUUCAGGGAUAUAACGAGGGCGGAUCAAGAACCAAAGUUUCGGGGGAGGGGCAAAAAGUUUUUGUGUGGGGGGACCAAACAUUUUGGACAUUUUGGUAUGUAGCCUUCUCUGUCCUUUAUUGGGUGGGGCAGCAUUUUGUGACUUUUUAAACGCUUUGAAACAAAGAGAGAUGAAAUAGAGUAAAAACUGCCGUUCUAUUUUUGACUCCAUGGGGGGCGGCCCUUGUCCCCCGCCCCCCCCCCCCAAUCCGUCCUUUGGAUAAAGAGGAAAGUGGAGCUCCAAGUAAUGGGGAAGAGCAAGGGUUUAUAAUCCACGGAAAUUAAUCGGUGCACAGUUUGAAAACAAGGAAGAAUACCGAGAAAUAUUUGAAAUUAGAAAAAAAAAAUUAAGCAAGGUCACACGGAACUGUGCACACCAAAUGGCGUGUGCGGAAUUCUUGUGGACUAUUUGUAACUUAUUGAUGCAGAUUGAAAUUUUCUACCGAACUCGAAUACCAUACGACAACCAUUAAACAGACGUUUUCAGUGGCAUUGGUGUCUUGUCCGCCUAAUAGUUGGCACGCCCUCUGUAUCGAAAUGAAUAGUCUCGACGUCAGAAAGUCAAUAACCGAAUGAGCAUUGCACGGUAGGCUCGUGCCCAGGUUUAUUAUACCUACAAAGGCAGUACACACACCGUGGUUUUUUGUUGGUGGUAUUGGGUUGUUUUUUUUUUACUGUGCCUGAAGACUUUUUUCCUGAUUUCAUUUAGCAUUUAUCAAAUGUCCCAAGCCCUCAGCGACGCGUUCAAAGUCCGGGAAAUUUAUAUAUUCAAAAAUCUCGUCGCACACGGGGACAGAGCGCGCAUGACCAAACAUCUGUAUGCAAAUUAACUGCACUGAGCAAACUAACUCUCGGAUAGAGGUGACCUUUGUCGUUCGACAGUCAAAGUCUCUGCGCGUGGCAGAUCGAAGGGGUCAAACUUCUGUUCAACUGUGGAACACUGAGGAAAGUUGCACUGCUAGACUCGCCGAGUGACAUGGCAACCCGGCAUGGAGUUUACAGCCCAGAGAAGAUGGGCCUAGCCUGCGUGUUAUGUUUCUAGUCUGUUCCCGGAUUGGAUGUUUGUUCUUGCACAUUCCGAGCUUCAUUGACUAUCCACUGUGGAGAUUCUUUGACCGUCUUCUGGCAAAAGCAGCGUGAGCAAGGCUUGGAUUAUCGUCCGUUUAUCCAGGAGAGAAAUAGAGGAAAGCCGAUGGAGAGUGACGCUUUCGGACCGUUUGAGAUGAAAGCCUUCUCAGCCAGCAAAAAACCUGUUCAUGAAGUUGCCGGACGUAACUUUGUUUUUGGUCCUUGGUCAAACGUGUUCGACUCCGCGCGUUUCCAGUGAUUUAGAAGAUAGUGCCCAAAAACUAACGCUCGUAUCAGCUUCAUAACAAGGUUUGAACCGUUUGAUGCUUCCACUGUGCUGUCAAAUCUGCGCUUCAACCACAUCCAGCUUCGCCAGCCAUGAUCUGGCAUGUCCUCGGGAAAGUGAGGCGUUUGUCAGGGCGGAAAGCCCGCCUGCAGUCGUUCCUGACCAACGCGCUGUACUGCUACGCGGCGUUCGUGCUGGCCGGCACGAUCGCACUGAUCCAUUUGCAGCCCCAGAUCUCCAGCAAACAGGUGAUCUUGGCCUACCAGGAGGGUGGCCUGGAGUCGGUUGUCGUCCAGCCACCGGAUUCCAAAGUUGAGACUGAUCCUCUGGAGGGAGGGAUAGGCCUGGAGAACCCGCUUGGUCAGGCUGGCCACAGGACGAAUGGCCAGUCGAACGAUUUGAAUCGCGACAAUCAACAAGAGAAGAGAGAGAAUCACCAAUCUCAUCCGGAGCAGCCAAAAAAAUGCACAAGAACGAUAGCGUCCCUGACCAAGUACUCCAAGUGGUUCCAUGACAGGUUCAAGCCCAACGCCAAAAUAUUCCUGGACGUGGAGGACCUCAAAAACCUCCGGAGAAUCUCCCUCCGCAACCCACCGUAUGGAUACAAAGGCAUAAAACGAAAAGACGUCAGUGAUAUUUUGCUGCAUGAAAACUUCACGAACCCCUCGGUUCACGUCCGAGACGAGAGGCAAGGCUGCAUCAGCUGUGCCGUGGUGGGCGCCGGGGGCAUCUUGAACGGUUCCGGGGCCGGCCUCGAAAUCGACAGCCACGACUACGUUUUCAGAAUGAAUCAAGUCGAUUUAUCUGAGAGAUUUGCCGAAGAUGUCGGCAAAAGGACCUCCUUCUACACUUUUUACCCGAAGUCGCAAAACUUCAGCACACGUGAAAAGGCGGUGCUCGCUUUUUACGCCGUGUUCAAGCCUUUCGAUGUGAACUAUGCUUUGCAAAUAUUAAAUCAGACAGACGACACAAAUCAUGUGACUAACAAUGGAACAAAGCCCUCCGAUAUCGAUCCUAGCAGGCUGAAGCUGAUUCAUCCGGAGUUUUUCCUGUACGUCACCAAAAGUUUUUUGUCAAGAAAUUCAGACCGACGACAGGAGCCAUUACAGUAUUCAUUGCUCUGCAUAUCUGUGACGAGGUCGCAGUCUACGGUUUUGGGUACAGUCCUGAGUUCACGUUGCACUAUUAUGACAGGGUGUUCAUUAAGCACCAUCGGAACUUGACCAUAAUGCACAGCGUGAACACAGAGCGAGAGCUGUGGCUGAAACUGCACGAUGAGGGCGCCAUCCGAUUAUUCAAAAGGGACCUAUCAUGAUUGGGCUCUUGUAGUUGGCCCGAUGAGCCCCAAAAUAUCAAAUUAGCCUUUUGUUUUUGCGAUCGUGCACUUUAGGAAAUGACAAGGGGGAGCAUGCAGUGAUUUUGCUUUGCUCUGGGUGUGCACAGACAAAAAAACGAUGCCAAACUUUUAGACAGAUGUUGCGCAAGCCUCCAAGUGCCAUAUGUAUCCACUGCUGCUUUGUACACUUUAAUCUGGCCACUUUUAGUCGUUUCAGUGAAUGCACCACGCUCUCGCUCGGAGGGUGCAGGGGGGUUGCGCGCCUCUUCAACCAACAGGGUGCCGUGGUUUGCCGGCGCCCCCGGAGUAAUGGUGUCUCCUCACUUAUGGAGCAGCCAUCUUGCUUUCCUACCA